AACUAAGUCUUCUAAGAUACAGAUGAUAACAAGUCCAUGCAAAGACGCUCAACAUUAUUAGUAAUUAGGACAAUGUAAAUCAAACUCACAAUAAUAGCUCUUUCCGUGCCGAUAGUGCCCUCGCGAACAUGGUGGACGUUCCUAAAACCCGCCGGACUUUCUGUAAGAAGUGUGGCAAGCACCAACCCCACAAAGUGACACAGUACAAGAAGGGCAAGGAUUCUCUGUGUGCCCAGCGAAAGCGGCGGUAUGACCGGAAGCAGAGUGGCUAUGGUGGGCCGACUAAGCCGAUUUUCCGGAAAAAGGCUAAAACUACAAAGAACAUUGUGCUGAGGCUUGAAUGCGUUGAGCGGAACUGCAGAUCUAAGAGGAUGCUGGCUAUUAAGAGAUGCAGGCAUUUUGAGCUGGGAGGAGAUAAGAAGAGAAAGGGCCAAGUGAUCCAGUUCUGAGCUUCAUGUUUUGUUUUGUUAUGAAGACAAUAAAAAUUUGAGAUUGUUUACUUCG